UCUAUAUCAUAAUUGGUGUGUACACAAGUUUGACUUGUAGGAUUUUCACUACCAUAUUGAUAAGCUCUGGAUUGCCUAUAAAUACCUUUAACAUCUUCUAUCAUAUUCAUCAAUAGCACUACAAAGAGAUAGAAAAGAAAAAGGAAAAGAAAAACAUUACCAUAUACGAAACAAUAGAUAAAACUAUGGCUGUGAGUAAGUCAUCAUCACUGGUUCUGAUCACCUUAAUAUUGGCCACGUCGUGCCUAGUCUCCGAGAGCCGGAUUGCAAGAAAAGACUUGGGUUUGGACCUUGGCGGGAUAGGGGUAGGGAUCGGUACUGGCAUCGGCAUAGGUCUCGGUGGAGGUGGAUCCGGAUCAGGAGCUGGUGCCGGAUCAGGAUCCGGAGGAGGAGGAGGGUCAAGCUCUUCUUCCUCAGCUAGCUCCAGCAGUUCUUCGAGCUCUGGUGGUGGUGGAGGUGAUGCGGGAUCGGAAGCUGGAUCAUACGCUGGGUCACGUGCAGGGUCUGGUUCUGGCAGAAGUUCCGGGUCAGGUCGUGGAAGAGGAGGUGGUGGUGGAGGGGGUGGAGGAGGAGGUGGUCGCGGUGGAGGAGGUGGAUCCGGUAACGGAGGAGGGUACGGUGAAGGCGGUGGAUAUGGAGGAGGUUACGGUGGCGGCGGCGACUGAAUGAAGAAUAUCGCAUGCAUGCAAUAUCUAAUUGCUGCUAUGUAUUUUACGUAAUUAUUAUUAGUAUGAUCAAAAUAAAAUGUUAGAAAUUUAAUUUUCUAAAGUUGGUGAAUAAAGGAGUUGGAAAAAGCUCCCGACGUGUUUGGUUAUUUAUACUCUUCCAUAUUCGAAAUGGAUUCUUCGUGUUGUUGAUGCUUUUCUUUUGUACUAUAAGUUGUAAUUUGAGAAUUUUCCUGUUAUGAUAGUUGAUAAAAUAAAUGCAUUGUCGUGUUUUUAUUCCCCGGCA